AUGGCUCGCAAAGAGGAUCAAGACUCGGUACAGACGACGGAAGCAGCUCAGCCUGCCAAACAGACACAGGUGCAGAUAUCACCGGACGCCGCCGAAGAUGUCGCUCCAGAUCAAGGCCGUCCAAAGACCUCCAAGCUCUCGGUCUUACUGAUGAUUGUGUUCUCCGGUCUGGCCAUUGGCUCUGACGGUUUCAACGCAUCCAUCAUCGGCAACCUCGAAUUGGUCAUGGAGGUUAUCUAUCCAAAAGCUCUCACCACGGCUGUCGCAUCUCGUUUGUCCAACGCCUUUAUGGUAGGUAUGAUCAUUGGCAUGUUGUCCUUCGGAUACUUGUCCGAUAAAUUGGGCCGCAAGACCGGCGCGGUCUUGACCACCGUCAUCCUCGUCCUAGGGAUCGCUUUGAGCGCUGGUGCUAGCGGAACUGACCGAGAUGGAAUGUUUUGGAUGCUGAUAAUUACAAGAGGAAUCGCUGGUGUGGGCGCGGGUGGGGAGUAUCCGGUUGCCGGGGCGGGUGCUGCAGAAGCCACCGAUGAAGAUCUGGGUGUCCGAAACAAACGAGGCUUCAUCUUUGCUAUGAUUGCUGACCUGUCGGCUUCCCUUGGGUUCGCCUUUGGUGCCCUAGUCCCUCUGCUGUUGCUUCUGUGCUUUCACCAGGAGGUCCGUCAUUAUGAAGCUGUCUGGCGGAUUUCACUCGCGCUGGGGGUAAUUCCUCCGCUCUCCAUCUUUUGGUUUCGAUACCGAAUGGCUGUCAGCUCGGCUUAUCGCAAGAGCGCGAUGCAGAAGCAAACAGUGCCCUACUGGCUGGCACUAAAGCGUUAUUGGCGUCCGUUGUUAGGCACGUGCGGCUCUUGGUUCAUUUAUAACUACAUCUCGUACCCGUUUGGGCUAUUUUCAUCAACAAUUGUCGGUCGCGUGAACCCGACCUCCUCUCUCGCACUGACAAUGGCCUGGGGCACGCUCAUCAACUGUUUUUACAUCCCCGGGGCAUUCAUCGGGGGCUUUCUGUCCGACCGGAUUGGGCGGCGGCGGACCAUGGCGCUCGGGUACUUUCUCCAGGCUGCCCUGGGCUUUAUCCUAGGUGGCGCGCUGGGACCCAUCGAAAAGUCGCUGCCACUCUUUAUUGUGCUCUAUGGCGUUUUCCUCACGCUCGGAGAGGUGGGUCCCGGAUCGACGAUUGUUGUGACAGCCAGUGAAAGUUUCCCGACCGCGAUACGCGGGCAUGCCGUGGGAUUUGCAGCGGCAUGGAGCAAGGCGGGGGCGGCCAUUGGGACGGCGGUUUUCAAGCCUAUCCUGGCUAGCUGGGGAGACGAUGAGUUUCGCGGCACGCAGGCCGUGUUUCUCAUUGGCUCCGGGUUCGCCGUCCUUGGGGGGCUCUUGGCCUGGUUUGUUUUCCAGGAUGUGGAUCACGCACUGGACAAUGAGGACCAGGCUUGGAAGGACUAUCUCGCUGCUAAUGGCUAUGGGGAUGUGCAGUGGGGCAUUGCAAGUAACUCAGCGCAUGAGCCAGAACCGAAGGCAGUGCAGACGUAG